GAGUGAGAGAAGCCGUUCUUAGAAAUGAGCCUGUUUUGAGAAAGCAGAAGUUGCUGAGAGGUCUUUUGGCUUGUUCAUGUCAGUCAGUUGUCUGCUGGCUUCUCUUCACCAUGGCAGCAGCUCUGCCUGCGUGCUACCAUGGCGCCAUGACUAAGAAGGAGUGUGAGGAUUUGCUGGGAAAGAAGAACAAGGACGGAGCUUACCUGAUCCGAGACAGCGAGACCAUCCAGGGAGCCAUGUGUCUUUGUGUCUAUAAACAGAAGGUGGUGUACACCUACAGACUGCUGCAGUCACACAAUGGAUACUACACCCUCCUGACAGCGGGGGGUUUGGAUGAGACAUUUUUUAAGAGUAUAGACGAUCUGAUUCGUCACUACAAGAGGAAGAACCAGGGUCUGGCCAUGCAUCUGCGCCACUCAGUCAAAAGGAAGACGGCCUUGCUGAUCCAGCCACAGAGAGAGCUGCAAGCACAGCCUUCAAGGUCACCUGAACAAAGGCCGCGCAGGACUGAACGUGAGCAAUGGAGGCAGCCUGACACCGUACCCGAGGAAGAACAUGAUUACGAGAAUGCUCCUGAGUCUGAGUACGUCGAAGUCCUUCCUGAUUAACGUCGGCCAUCAAACACCAAAUGAGACAUUUGGGGAAAUCAGUGACAAGAAGCUCACAGGCUUGAUCUCAUUCAGGAUGAUGACAUGUGGACGUAUACAUACUGUACCUACACACAUCAUCAUCAUCGCCAUGUGUGCUACAAGGGUAUCAAAACUUUUACUGCAGCUGAACACUGAAUUAUUCAAAAUGCUCUUGGAUCAGGAGUCCAGGAGAUGCACUGGAUUUGCAGAAAUCCAGCCUUCGACUCAGUGCUCCCAUCAGGAUGAACUGCAGUAACUCCACCGUCCUUUUUUCCUCCACUGACGUCAUCUGGUCAAAAUAUGGACCAACUGCAAUACUGUCACAAACCUGAG